UGUAUAGGAGUGUAGAGGAGUGUAGAAUAGUGUAGAGGAGUGUAAAUGAGUGUAGAGGAGUGUAGGGAAGGGGUAGUAAAGAGAAGUGUAGAGAAGUGCAGAGAAGUGAAGAGGAGUGUAGAGAAGAGUAUGGAAGUGCAGAGGAGUGUAGGGAAUGGGGAGUAUAGAAAUAUUCCUGUAGAAAGGAAUUUAUCGGAAAUGAGGAAUGAGGAGUGUAUGUGGAAUUGUAUAAUAUAUAUAAAAGGGGGCGUAUACUGCCUGUGAUACCGGCGAGUUAAGCUGUAGCGCUUCUCCCCGCCCAUCCCUCUCCCAUCCCCUCCUUCCUCCUCAGUCGAAGAGAAACAAGACUAGAGACGAGGUGUAGUGUGUCGUGACCUACUAAAAAAUCUAUUUAUUAACUUUCAUCAGCUCAGGGAUGGACACAGAGGUAGAUUUCGCUGCCCGAUGUCUGGUUGCAAUGUCUCAGGCCUACCAGAGCACCUGGACAACAUCUGACCCUGCUCCGCUAGAUCUUAGUCUCAGGACAGAGUCACCUCCGGGAUCCAACCCGUCCUUGUUCAUGAUAGCCAGGAUAUUAACUGAUUUAACCCGUGUGAGACAGGAGGCAGUACCUCGACCUACCUCUCCUCCUACCCCCUCCCCUAGACCAGCCUGUAGAACCCUAAAAUCUCAUAAAUGUACUCACCCAGGUUGUGAAAAGGUGUAUGGCAAGUCAUCUCACCUAAAGGCACAUUUACGAACCCACACAGGAGAACGUCCGUUCCCCUGCAACUGGACAGGAUGCAUGAAAAGGUUUGCAAGAUCUGAUGAGUUGGCUCGUCAUAUCAGGACACAUACCGGAGAAAAGAAUUUUAUCUGUCCUGUCUGUAACAAGAGGUUUAUGCGCUCAGAUCAUCUUAGUAAACACACAAAGAGACAUCCAUACUUUGAACCUGAAUUAUCGAUGCGGAUCUUGGAGCAGUCGGAGCAGAGCGGAGGGUUGCGGGAGGAGAAGAGGAUGGAUGAGGGGAGAGGAAUGAACGAGGAUGGAAUAAGGAGAAGAGAAGAUCAAUAUCAGAUAAAAGAGGAGAACUCAGCAGGAGUUCCUCUCAUGGUGGUAGACACCUCAGGAACAACAGGGGUGGUGGUCAGAUACUUUCCCGGGGGGGAUAUAUCGACCUACAGGGGAAAUUCAGGGAACUGCAGGGGGGAAUCAGGGACAUACAGAGAGAGAGAACAAGGUGAUCAGGGGUCACACAGUACAGGGGUAAAUACAGACACUAGUGAUGGAUUACCCUCACCCUAGUAACCUGGUAAUAGAACCAGUUCUAUGAACUCUUGGUAAAAGAACAAGUUCUAGAAACUCCUAGUAAUAGAACCAGUUCUAGGAACUCCUGGUAAUAAAACCAGUUCUAUAAACUCCUGGUAAUAGAACCAGUUCUAGAACAAGAAACCUACGAUCAUAGAAUUGAAAAAAUCUGUGGAUCUAAAUUUGUUUUAUGUAAAAAAUUUCAAUGAAAUAUCUAAAUUUUAAA